CAACAUUUGCUAAAUUAAAUUCAGCAUUACCGGAAUCAUUGUGUUUGGAAAAUUUUCAAUCACCUAAUUAAACAAAAAACAAAAAUGAUUGAUUAUUCAUCAACAGUAACAGCUUCUACAUCACCAUCAUCAGCCACAUCAAUGUCGGCUAUAAAUUCAUCAUUAUCAUCAUCAUCAUCAUUAGCCACUAAUUCUCAAUCAUCAUCAUCAUCUUCAACAACAGCAGCAUCAUCAAUAUUUCGUCAAUCAUCAACAACAUUAACAGGAGGACAAUCAUCAUUAAUUUCAUCCGGAUCGAUAUCAUCAUCAUCCACAGCAACAAAUUUAUUGAUGCAUAAUGCUUUUGGAAAUAUUGGAAGUGGUCAUAUUGGUGGUGGUAUUGGUGGUUCAAUUGGUGGACCACCACCACCAACACUUGAUUUAAAUGAAUUUCCAUCAUUGACCGGUCAGACUGUAUCGAUCAAUACGGUAAGUCGACAAACAAAUUCAAAUUUUUCUCAACAAACAUCAACGAUUGGUCGUCCUGCUUAUGUUGGAAUAAUGAAAGAUAAUGUUACAAAUCAAUCCGGAUCGAAUGAAUUUAAUAUUCAAAGUGAAGAUUUUCCAGCAUUACCUGGUGCUUCACCUGGUGGAACAUCAGCUGCAACAUCAGCAGCUGUUGCAGCUGCAUUUAGCCAAUUUCAGCAACAACAACAACAGCAUCAGAAUUUAGAUGGUAGUAAUUCUGGUGGUCAACAACAACAACAACAACAACAAGAUCAUCAACUUUUACAUCAUCAUCAUCAUCAGGAAAAUAAUCGUUCGAUGACAACACCACCAUCGAUGGGAGUAGGUAUUGGUCAAACACAACAAGCAUCAGCCAAUAUAGCUUCAAUGUCAGCAUCAUCAUUAUUUUCAUCAUUAACAUCUCAACAUCAAUCAACGAAUUCUGCAAAUAAUAAUGGAGCCAAAACAUCAUCAUCAUCAAACAAUCAAAUACCGGCAAUAAAUGUUUCCAAAGAUGGAAUGGUUACAAAUAUAUCGCCCGGAAUGUUAACCGAUCAAUAUGGUAUUGCAGGCCUAAUGGCAAUGUUACAUCAAACAAAAUCGAAUCCAAAUCUAUUUGCAUUGACAAUCGGUUAUGAUAUUAAUUCUCUUAAUAUGAAUCUCGAAAAUAAAGAACGAAUAUAUCAUACAUUUUCUGGUCCUUGGAAUGAAAAACCAUUGAAACCACAUGAAAUUGAUUAUCCUGUACCACCGGAAUAUCUUAUAUUCAAUUCGAUACGUGAUAAAUUAGCUCAGAUAAAAUUAACCAGUUAUUGUGAAGAUUUAUUAUUUUUUCUAUUCUAUUGUUUGGCUGGUGAAAAUAUGCAGGCAGAAGUUGGUGCCGAAUUAUAUUCACGUGAAUGGAGGUUUCAUAAAGAUGAAGGAAUUUGGAUAACCAGAAAACAAGGUAAUCCACCAUUAGAACAAAGUUCUAAUUAUGAACGUGGUUCAUAUAUCUAUUUCGAUACAAAUACAUGGUCCAAAAAUCAAAAAGAAAUGUUAAUUGAAUAUGAUCGUCUUGAUGGUCCUUCACAUCAAUGAUUUUGUUGUUAAAUAAUUUUGGCUAUAAGAAAAAAAAUCUGUCUGAUAUAUAAUGUAUAAUGAUGAUAAUUAA